AGCAAAGCAGACAGCAAUCGGAACCGGCUUUUUAUCAAAACGUUCAUAAAAUGCCGUUUUAUGCAUUUUGCUACCGGUUUAAGUGCAUAAAAACAGUUUUUCCAGUAGACUUUCGUUAGUACUUUUACAACUAGCAACCAAAGCAAAAGUUGAAGUUCAACAACACUUGGAAUAAUGGACAAAUUUACCAUUGCUGUUCUGCUACUGGCCCUUCUGGGUACUUCCUACGCCCAAAGCAACUGCCCAAUGCCGUGUCCGCACAUCAUGGACCCGGUCUGUGGCACCGCCGACGGAAGAGACUACCGGUACUUUGCCAACGGUUGCCGGAUGCAGGCCUACAACGAGUGCGAGCGCGGUUCCGAGAGGGAACUUCAUGAAGUUGACCUAAGCAACUGUGACGAACCAGGCUGGGAGUAGGAAAGAAAUGUUUGAGUUGUAAUCUUCAGAUGAAUAAAAAAAACGAUGAAUUAUGAAA